UAUUUUGGUUUGGCGACGUGACGUCAUACGGUUGCGCCGCUGUCCUGCGUCUGCGAUUCGACUGAAGAAAGGACAAAGUGUCCAAACACACAGAAAAACUCCUGCUGAAGCGACAGCGAUCCACGUGACACUCUGUUAUAAAGAUGGCAUUUAUUAAAGAGGAGAGUGAAGACAUUAAGAUUGAAGAAACAUUCAGAGUCAAACAUGAAGAUACUGAGGAACAAACAGACAUCAUGCUCCUGAAAGAGGAAAGUGAAGAACUAAAUGAAGUGGAAGACAAAGAUCAAUAUGAGAAACAUGAUUUUAUUGGAGAAAGUUUUUAUAGUUGCUCACAAACUAAACAAAUUGUACAAAACAAAGCUCAAAAGACAGGAGGUUUCACCUGCCAACAGUGUGGAAAGAGUUUCACUAAAAAAGCAAGCCUUAAAGACCACAUGAGAAUUCACACCGGAGAGAAGCCUUACUCCUGCCAGCAGUGUGGAAAAAGUUUCACUAGAAGUGGAACCCUUCAAAGGCACAAUAGAGUUCACACUGGAGAGAAACCUUACAUCUGUCAAUUAUGUGGAAUGAGUUUUACUGAAAGAGCAAACCAUAAUGUUCACAUGAGAAUUCACACCGGAGAGAGGCCUUAUACCUGCAAACUGUGUGGAAAUAAAUUCAAUCGAAAGGGAACCCUUAAUUGACACAUGAGAAUUCAUACUGGAGCGAAACCUUACACCUGCCAGCAGUGUGGAAAGAGUUUUAGACAAAACGGAAACCUCAAAGGCCACAUGAAUGUUCACAUUGGAGAGAGCCUUUUCAACUGCCAGCAAUGUGGUAAAAGUUUCACUAUAAAGGGAAACCUUGAAGUCUACAUGAGAAUUCACAAUGGAGAAAAGUGUGGAAAAAGUGUGGAAGGCGUUUCUCUCCAAAAGGAAACCUCAAAGACCACAUGAGUGUUCACACUGGUGAGAAAUGUGAAGAACUAAAUGAAAUGAAAGACAAAGCUCAGUCUGAAAAACAUUUUACUGGAGAAAGUUUUAGUUGCUCACAAACUAAACUGACAACACAAAAGACAGGAGAUAGAAGUCAUUUCACCUGCCAACAGUGUGGAAAAAGUUUCUUUGAGAAAGGAACCCUUAACAGGCACAUUAGAAUUCACACUGGAGAGAAGCCUUACUCCUGCAAACUGUGUGGAAAGAGUUUUACUGAUACUGGAAACUUUAAUUCUCACAUGAGAAUUCACACUGGAGAGAAGCCUUACUCCUGCAAACUGUGUGGAAAGAGUUUCAUUCAUAAAGGAAACCUAGAGAGCCACAUGAGAAUUCACACUGGAGAGAAACCGUACACCUGCCAACAGUGUGGAAAGAGUUUCAUUCAAAAAAGAAACCUAAAGGGACACACGACAAUUAACAAUACUGUAACUGAAAUGUAAGACAAAGAUCAGUCUGAAAAACAUGAUUUUACUAGAGAAAUUGCUUUUGAGCUCUCUUUUGUGAAGUCUGUUUAGUUUGUGAGAAACUUAACGAACUUAACAAAAGAGAGCUCAAAAGAUGGUAGCUACAAGUAAUUUCACCUGCCAACAGUGUGGAAAGAGUUUCACUAAAAAAAGAAACCCUUAAAGUCCACAUGAGAAUUCACACCGGAGAGAAGCCUUAUUCCUGCAAACUGUGUGGAAAGAGUUUUUGUCAAAAAGUAACACUCAAAGUCUACAUGAGUUUUCACACUGGAGAGAGCCUUUUCAACUGCUAACAAUGUGGAAAGAGUUUCAGAUGCAAAAUAUACCUUAAUAACCACACAAAAAUUCACUUGAGAACAGUUUAAAAUGUUCUCAGUGUGAAAGGUGUUUCACAGCCAGGAAACUGCAACAGUCAUGUAACAAGAACAUUUACAUUUAAUCAUUUAGCAGAUGCUUUUAUCCAAAGCGACUUACAAAUGAGAACAAUAAAAGCAGUCAGGUCAACAAGAGAACAACAACAGUAUAUAAGCGCCAUGACAAGUGUC